GACAGGAAUGUAAAAUAUAAACUAUAUAUAAAAUAUAUUUUUAAUAUAUAUGUAAUUAUUAGGUAAAUUAUUAUGCAGUGUUGUUUGGACUUUAGUCUCUGAACGCUUAGCAUACGUUCCACCUACAAAAAAUUUUAUUUGAUGCCUUAAACUGUGGAUUUGUCUACAGGUCGUCUGUUUUGUUUGUACCUGCCCCCCUUGCACAUUAAAAAUAACUCCAAGGGAGCGCCCUAUGCUGAGGAUGACUUUUUUCCUGUCAGUGUUGUACAGCAUUGUACUAAAGGAGCAAACAGCUCCCUUCCUAUCCAGUAACCUACCUCUUGGUCACAUCUAAGUUCUUUUUAACUUGCUUUGGUUCAUUUCUUUUCUUUCAGGAUGGCCCGUACUAUGGAACCACUGGCAAAGAAAAUCUUUAAAGGAGUUUUAGCAGCUGAACUUGUGGGUGUUUUUGGAGCCUAUUUUUUGUUUCAGAAAAUGAACACAAGCCAAGAUUUCAGACAAACAAUGAGCAAGAGAUUUCCUUUCAUCUUGGAAGUUUAUUACAAAUCCAUUGAACAAUCUGGAGUGUUUGGAGUCAGACUGCAAGAUCAAGAAAAAUGGCAAAACAGCAAAAAUUAGGGAUGUAGUCAAUUUGAUUCCUGUGUGUUCCACCUGGCGAGGUCCAGACUCAAAAUGACUGAAGGUAUGUUAUAAAUGAAGUUUUGGCUAUACCGCUCAAAAUAAAGUUGCUUUUUAAAAACAAACAAAAAACUUGCAGCCUUUGGGAAUGUAGGUAAAAUAUGCUUUUAUCCAUCCUCACUUUUCCUGAAAACAGUAUUACUCCAACCGUUUGCAUCUUUGUCAUCGAUGUCUCUGGUACCACUAGAGCUACUUUCUUUCAUUUGCUUAACGUCUUUUUUAAAAACGGCUUUACUGAGAAAUGGAACCCUGGUGGUGCAGUAGUUAAGAAAUUGGCUACUAAUCAAAAGGUCAGCAGUUCGAAUCCACCAUCCAUUUCUUGGGGCAGUUCUACCCUGUCCUAUGUGGUUGCUAUGAAUCAGAACUGACUUGAUGGCAUUGGUUUGGGGUUUGUUUUUUUCUUUUUUUUUUUGGUUUUACCAAGGAAUAAAUUACAGGCCACAAAAUCCAGCUGAUCUGAGUGUAUACUGCAGUGGGUUUUAGUAAAUUUAGAGUUGUUCGACCAUCACUAUAAUCCAAUUUUAGCCCACUUCCAUCAUGCAAAAAGAUCCCCCCAUGCCCAUUUUUAGUAACAUCCCUCCCCCAACCAUUGGUCUGCUUUGUUUCUACAGAUUUGUAUUUCCUGGAUAUUGAUUACACCCACCGUGUUUAACUUAGCACAUUUUUGAGGUUCAUCCAUGUUGGAGCAUGUAUUAACUCAUUCUUUUUCAUAGCUGAACCACUGUAUGGCUAUACCACAUUGUUUAUCUAUUUUCCAGCUAAUGGAUAUUUGGGUUGUUUCCCCCUUUUGGUUAUUAGGAAUAAUGCUGCCAUGAACAGUGGUUUUUGUGUGGACAUACCAGAACCACCUCAGAAAUAGUUUCUAGAGCAUUUCACCUUAAUUUUUAUCAAGGUGACAUUAUGAUAUUUAAGAUCUGUGCCUGCUAUUAUCAAAUAUUUAACUUUAAGCAAAAAUAUCCAUUUGCAUAGCAUUAGGAUAGGUUUUUUGGUUUUUAUUUAUUUUGUAGGUAAGUAUCUGUGACCUUACUGAAUAAGCACCUAGUAUGCUGCUUUUUAAAAGUUUCCUUAAGAUUCAUUUAACAACAGCAUCCAAUGUUUGGAAAUGUAGCAUCAUACUCCUAGGAUCAAUUAAUACAUCUGUUUGAAAUUUCUUUGCCUCCUUUUUUGUUUUAAUCAGUUUUGUCAGGUAUCUCUUCAUCAACAUCCAAAGCUGUUAACUGAUUAAGGUCUGUGAUCCUUUCAGGCUAGUAUGUCUUCUGAAAAGAGUACUGCAUUAUUCAAAAUAAGAUCCUUAAGAGAGCAACGUGUAACAUGACAGGCUCAGUAGGACUUGAGGCUAAGCAAUACUUCUUUUCUGAGGGAUGAUCCUGAGGAAAAUUCUGCCUUGUAUUUGCGCGUAUAUUGUUAUUAAAAUGUGAUCUUACACGCAAAGACAAAGUCUGGAAAAUAACGUGUAAUUUCAAUAUGCCUCAGGUAUAUCAUUUAUUAGGGGACACAUCUUCACUGUGAUACUGCUAGCACUAUUUGGCAGAACUAAUAAAAAUGUACAGGUACAAGUCUGUGAGAUAUUACCAACAUGUAAAUUGUUAUGACUUUGCAAAUCUAUUUUCAUUCUUUAUCAGUAUUUACCAGUAAGCAAAAGCUUGAGAGCCAUUAGAAGCAAAGCAUGAUUUAGCAACAACAAAAAAAGGGCAAGACUCCAAAUUUAUCCACAGAAUUAAGGAAUGGAGUAUUUUUUAGUGCUUCUUAAAUUUUUAUCCAAAACUUUUUUUCUUUUAUUAGCACUUACAACUGUUAACCUUAAAAGCAAAAUCUACCUAAGUAUGAGACUAUGUGGGCAGCUCCUGCCUGGAGGGGCGAUGAGAAGGCAGAGGGGGACAGAAGCUGGCUGAAUGGACACAGGAAAUACAGGGUAGAGAGAAGCAAUGUGCUGUCUCAUUAGGGAGAGCAACUAGGAGCACAUAGCAAGGUGUAUGUAAGUUUUUGUAUGAGACUGACAUAUUUGUAAACUUUCACUUAGAGCACAAUAAAGAAAAAAGAUUUGAUUAAAAAAAACAAAACAAAAACUCCCUGUGUGUUGUGGCAGCAAAAUGGUAGAUCUCAAAAAAAGGGAAAAAAAAAGGAAAAUGAAGUUAAUAAAGGAACAUGGAUUUUUCAAAGAGUCAAAUGUCAAAGAAUAAGAGUUUGUUGAGAAAAGGCAAAAAGAAAACAGGUAUCUGUGGAAAAAUCUAGAGCUUACAUAUAACUGAACAGUUUCGACAUGAAUAAAAAAGAUCUAUGUAAACAUGAGAGGAAAGAACUUAGGGAGAGAAAAUAACUGAAUGUGGCAAAUAAUAAAAAUUUCUUUCCUAAAGAAAAAAUUGAAUUAUACUAACCAAUUUAGAAAUGUUCAGCUUCCAAACUGAUAAUGAAUAUAUACUGCCUUUUACACGGCAGUGCUUCUGGUUUAAAAGAGAUGAAAUGCAUCUUCUUACCUUGAAAUGACCCAGCAAAGUCAAAAUCAUCUACACCUUUUCUCUUGUGUCUCUUGGUAUUGACUUUGGAACAGUCCUCAUCAUCAAGUUCUGUUAGCCAAAAAAAGAAAUAAUUUAAAGAUAAUUUACUGUACCAUCUGGGUUUCACAGUUCCACUAGCACAGGCUCUGAGGAUAGAGUGAGGCCAAAGCCUUAAUAAUUAGUACAGUCCCGUACUUUGUGCAAGUACACAGUUUACAUGAUAGGUUCAAUAGGACCGAAUAGUAUAAAACUCUUCAAAACAAGAAGAAAAAUUCUGCUGUGCUCCGGAAAGUAGGAUGUUGGGCAGGUGUAUAUGUACAUGGAGAUACACGAAAUGACAAAGAUUUUAGAGAAAAGUCCAAGAACACAAUUUCGGUGCUCUUUGCUGAUUUCCACAGUAAGAUAAAAUGUACACAUUCUUAUGCUCUAAGGAGAUGAUGAACAUUAACUUCCUAGAACUGCUAAUUACUAUUCUAACUUUUAAAAAAGGCAAUUUAUCAACUCAAUAAGUACUACACAUGGGUAGGCUAAUUGGUUUUUUCCAUUAAAAUUGUAAUAAACAGUUUAAUUUCCAUGAAAACAAGGUGUAUAACUGUUUAUAACAAGUUAUUAUGUCCUAGUGACCUUCUCAUUAAAUAUUCCUAUUUUUAAUUACUUUCCAUAUUUUGAUUUAUAUAGUAUGCACAAAUGACCUUGUUUGUUAUCACCAUUAUUAAGAACUUUAAAAGCUACACUAACUUACACUCCUUUUUUGUUUAAGAAAGGCAUGGAUUUUUCUAAUUUGCCCAAAGCCAGCCUACUCCAAAUAUUCCCUUUUGGAGCCUUGUCUGGGGAACUCAAAUCAGACAUUGAUUUUAAGACACAGAAGAUAGAUGUGAUGUUAGGAAAGUUUACACCACACAAAGAAAUGAGGGUGAAAAUACUUGCUUUGUAAAAGGGGGAGGCAACUAUAAUAAAAAUGUUGCCUGGGCCCGUUAUGGAAAUACGGAGGAAGAGGGAAGUUUCCUUGGAGAAUCAGGAAAAACAGCAUGAAUAGCAUGUUUGGACUUUCACUUACUUUUUAUUUCCUAAAACAACAAGUAACUAAAAUAGCACAAUAGCCUCAAACUUUGGUAACCACUGCGGUGGAUCUGGAAUAGACGGGUAUUUUUAUUGCCAAUUUCAAGAUGCCAUCACACCACCUCCCUUCUUCCCAUUACUGAGUGAAAAUGGGGAGUGUGGAGCAAGAAUAGAAUAGUUGCAUGAUUUUUUUUUUUUUAAUCUGAAUUAUAGAAUGUAUAUUUAAACUUCUAUACUAAUAUUUAUUUAACACCUAUUAUAUUUUAGUGAUGUCCUAAGCCCUUUAUAGCUAUUUAAUUAAUGUUCAUAAAUACUUAUCAGGUAAAUUUAGGGGGAUUAGGCAGAUAUCCCAUAUCAGAGAAUUAUUUGCCAGGCCAAACAUUUGUGGUCUUUGCAUUUCCUCCACAACCUGCCACCAAGAGAAAUUACAAUUAUUUCUGGAGAUAGAAUGAAAGAAAAACAAAUUGGGAUGAGAAAGGAGAGAGAGAGGGUGGGAGAGAAGAGUGAAGAAAGAAACAAAGAAUCUAGGCCCACUACUGAUGGUGGUGGUUGUCAGUUUCCUUUGAUUCAGCUCUGGCCCCAUGUACAACAGAAUGAAAUGUUGCCAGGGCCUGUACCAUUUUCAUGAUUGUUGGUAUGCUUGAGUUUGUUGUUGUGGCCCCGGUGAAUUUUCAGUGCCUUUCAACCUAGGGGGCUCAUCUUUGAGCAGUACAUUGGACACUAUUAUAUUGUGAUCCAUAGGUUUUCAUUGACCGAUUUUCAGAAGUAAAUCAUUAGGCCUUACUUCCUCUAGUCUAUCUUAGUCUGGAAGCUCUGCUGAAACCUGUUCAUUAUGGGUGACCCUUCUGUUUUUUUUUUUUUAUUAUUAUGGUGCUUUAGAUGAAGAUUUACAGAACAAAUUAGUUCCUUAUUAGACAACUAAUACACAUUUUUUUGUGACACUGGUUGCCAACCCCACGACAUGUCAACCCUCUCCACUUCUCGACCGUGGGUUCCCCAUUUCCAUUCACCAGAUUUCCUGUCUCCUCGAGCCUUCUUGUCUUUGCCCCUGGGCUGGUGUGCCCAUUUAGUCUCAUAUGCAUGGUUGAGCUAUGUGUAUUUUUUUUUUUUUUAUGGGCCUGUCUAACCUUUGGCUGAAGGGUGAACCGCAGGCUAACUGCUGAUGAAAACAAAAAGGCUUAAACUCAAAACUCCUUUGUUUCUUUUAAAAAAAUCUUCAGUUCCAACUAGGCAAAAGAUCCUCUUUAAAUUUCUGGCUGAUUUUAAUGUUAAUUUGAAUACAGGGCCAUGUUAAAAAAACAAAGCCUUCAACAGAAACAUUAGCCUAAUGCUGAGGAAAAAAGGAAGACAGAGUUUAUUCUAUCUUAUAGUUUGUUUCUGUCUUAUAAUUUAAAAAUGCCUACCUGGAAUACCUUCACUUUCAUCAUCUAAUACAUCCAUGAAUGUUCCUCCAUCUUCAUCAGUUUCAGCAAACUCUUCAUUCAUACUUCCUAAAGAAACUUCGUCGUCAUCCAGGUUACUGAAGUCAUCAUCACUGCCUUCUGAAUCUUCAUCUUCUGGGUUAUCCUUAGCUCCUUUUGUUUUCUUUUUCACGUUGCUAAAAACCAAAACAAGACAACAAAUGGUAACGUAAAAGAGGGCAGUGUUUCUUAAAGUGUAUUUUGGUGACUCCAGGCUACCAGGCUAUUAAGACAUUUGGUGAGAAAGAGGUACAGACCACAGCCAGCCUUUAUUUUUAAUAUGCUAAUAUGAAUAUAAAGGUCCAAAAUUAAACUGCUGUAUCCACUUCCCCAUAUGAUUUGAAUACAUUUUCCCCACAUAUCACACAGCCCUCUGGUCUAGUGUUCUGAGAGACAACAAUUUAGAAAAUGUUGAAGAAACCAAGUCAGUCAAGUCAGUUACAGUGACAGUAAGAAGACAAGUAUUUUACCCAGCAAAGUCAAGGUCAUCCUUUCCGGAGCUGAAACAAUUAUCAUCUUCAAAUGUGUCUGCAGGAGAAGAAUAUACAAAUUGUGAGCUAAAGCAAAAAUAAGGCUGACGUAUAAAAUAAAUAAAUAAAUAAAAGACAUAUAUCUGACUCAAUUAUUAUAACACAGUCGUGAUUCUACUGUUGAUCAAAAGUAAACACCAAAACGUUGUGACUCUCGCUAGCCUUAUACUAACGUUUACAAGCCUGAGAACACACUAACCCUAAUCAAAUCCCUAAACUGACUUCCAGUUAAUUUCAGCUUCUUUCUAUAGCCCUUUUAUAUAGAAAGACAGUAAAUACCAAGUAAAAUAUUUAGCAACCGCAGUCCUUUUUACUCUAUUAGGACUAUUUAAGUGCUUAUUUAGUAUUAAUAUGCAACAAUAAUGAUAUCAAACAUACACCUUUUCACUGCCCAUGCUUUUUGUUUUAGUUUAUUUUCACUUAAAAAUUUUCUGUUAGAAAACAGGUGAAACAGAUUACUGUCACCAAUAAUAUAAGGAGAUUAGAAACAGCAAAAAUGGAUUUAUUUUAUGAGACUUGAUCUUAUGAAUAGAAACACAGAGAUAAAAUUUUUUUCUCACAUGAACUGUUCAAAGCACAAUCAUAUUUUUCUGGAGCAAAUGUGGGGAGAUUCCCAUAUAUCAUUCAAAAUAUUUUAAUUCUUCAUUGUGAUCGUCACGGUGUUCUAAGCUACAUGAUUUUUUAAAAUAAUUAAGGUCACUUCUACCACUAAUGUUCUGCAGUCUGUAAACAAACAGUGACAGAUUAUUUUAUAAAUUGAAGAGUCAACAAAAAUCACCAAUCAUCUUUUCAAAUUCAUCGUCAUCCACAUCUUCUAUACUUUCUUCAUCUGCAUGCCGUUUUUGUUUCUCUUUAGCAAUAGCAACUUUUUUAUAAUACCUAAAAUAAAAAACAUGCAAUGUACUGGAUAGCUUUAUUAAGGGCCUGUUUUACUAUUUCCAAAGCAACUACGACCAGUGACACAAACCACAGUUGUAAAAGCUGUUAACUAUAAUCAAUUGGAUAUAAAGGACUAAAAACUAUAUUGUUUUAAAAAAAAAAAAAAGUCUGGAAUUCAACAAAAUUUUUAAAAAAGUGUAGAAAAUUUCAAAAAUUUAAGUUUCUUACAAAACUAGUUCUUCAUUAAUACACCACAACUCGUCUUAAUCAAAAUGGCAUAGUAAAAGGUUGUAGCUUCCACACUAAUGAUAUAAAUAUUAGAGCAUUAUGAAAUGUGGCUCUAAAUGACCUCGAAUUACCAUAAUUUUUAUCAGUCAACCCUACUCUGACAUUAGGGUACAGUGAAGCUUAGCUUUGCAGAUGGAGUCACACCCUCAAAAUUCUUUACACAGUAUGUUUUUAAAAAGCAAACCAAAUCACACCCAAUUAACCAGAUGAGAUAGCAGCUACUUUACUGCUAUAAGGCAGUAGUAGUAAUACUAGUAGGCUUAGGACUUAUUUCUAUAGUAGCCCAAAGAAUUUUCCUAAUUCUUCUCUAAAAAACCAAAAAUCUGUUGUCACGGAGUGGAUUCCGACUCAUAGCGACCCUACAGGACAGAGCAGAACUGCCCCAUAGGUUUUCCAAGGAGCGGCUGGUGGACUUGAACUGCCGACCUUUUGGUUAACAGCUGAGCUCUUAACCACUGUGCCACCAGGGCUCCAAUUCUGCUCUAAGGACCAUGUUUUGAACAAAUUACUCAUCAGCUGUUCAUCACUAUAUUAAACUAACACAAAUUUUAGGUCUGUAAGAAAAUUAUUACAUUCAAAAAAAAGACAUUAAAGAUUAAGUUCCACAAAGCUAAGAUUCAUAAAAUGAAACUGAUGUGCAAAAUUAUUAAAAAAAGCAAAGCCCCUAACUUUUCGUUUCACUUAAGAUAGUUUAAGAUUAGCAAAAUGACUAAUUUAUAAAUUCCCUUCACAGAAACUGAUACGGUGACAUAUCCUCUGAUCUUUCCAAAAUAUGCUAAUGAAGCAUUUUAAGGAAACACAUUUUAGAUUUCAACAGCUCCCCAAAUAAAAUGAUAUUAAAUUAUUACCUGUGGAAAAACACUUCAUCUACUGGUAUUUGACUUUCGUCUUUUGCAAGGAACUCCUUACUGUUCACUAAGAAAACAAAUCAGUUAAAAAUGUUACUUUAUUCAAGUAAUCCUUUUUAUGUUAUUCAAAAUCUUAAGAAUAAAUACAGAAUGCUGAAAUUCUACAUCUCAGAACAUGAGGAUGGUGGGGACAGACAUCCUAUAGCGUGAAGGACAACAACUACGUGGGAAAAGCCUAUGUGGGGAAGGACCUACCAUUUGAAGCAAUCCAUUAACUACAGUGGUAGCCAGUGGAGUAGCCAGUACACAGCUAUCAGUGCAAGUCACACUGACAGAGCAGGGUCUCUCACUGUCCUCCAUCUGCAUCCUUAAUAAAGCCAAACCAAGCCAGCUGCCAUUGACUCAAUUCCAACUCAUGACUCCAUGUGUAUCAGAACAGAACUGUGCUCCACAGGCUUUUCAAUGGUUGAUUUGAGAGUAAAUCGCCAGGCCUUCCUUCCAAGGUGCCUCUGGGUGGACCUGAACCAUCAACCUUUUGGUUAGCAGUGGUGUGCAUAACCAUUUGUGCCACCCAAGGACUCCAUCCUUAAUAAAAGGGUUCACUUAAUAAUAGCUUUAAGACUUGCCAUUUUCAUCUCAGAAAAGUGAUAAUAAUGCUUGCCAUUCUGGGAAUAAACAUAGAAUUAGCCAGUUUUACCUCAUGCUAAGGAUAACUAAGAAAAAAAAAAUGGAUAUUAGUUUUUCCUCUUCAGAAUAAAAAAAUUUCCAACAUCUUGAUUAAAGGCAGAUUUGGCUUCUACUAACUCUCUUAACUUUCAGUUAAUACAGGCAUAGUCCUUUUACCUCUCAUAACCUCUGUGAAGUCAGUCAGUUGGAGACUAGAUGGUUUAUAGAGUCUAGUUUAACCCUAGGAGCCCUGGUGACACAGCGAUUAAGCACGUGACUGCUAACUGGAAGGUCAGCAGUUUGAACCCACCAGCUGCUCUGUGCCAGCUGCUCUCAGGAGACAGAUGUGGCAGUCUGUUUCUGUAAAGAUUUACAGCCCUGGAAACCCUAUGGGACAGUUCUACUGUGUCCUAUAGGGUCAGUAUGAGUUGGAAUUGACUUAAUGGCAGUGGGACUAGUUUUGGUUUAGUUUAACCCGAAACUCUGAAAAAGGGAAAAAAGGAGUUGGGUUCUGGUACACAAAGAAAUGUCUAUACUGAAUAGAAAAACAUAAUUAGCUCUACAAGAUGGAUACCACAUUCAAAUGGCUAUAGAAAUAUGUUAACUAAGUUUAAGAUGAUGCUCCAAGACAAAACCAAUUGUUACAGAAUUUUGUUCUGCCAAACCCGUAUUAGAGAGCUUAAAAGAUGCUGUGAACUGUAAAAGAGAACUGUGUAUCGGGGAGAGUGUGGAUGAAGCUACAGAUGAUAUAAAAAUGUCAAAUGUUGAUACUUGUUGAAGCUAGGUAACAGGUACAGGGGAGUUCAUCAUACUAUUUUGUUUACUUUGGGUAUGUUUGAAAUUUUCUGUAUUAAAGUAAAAAAAAAAAAAAAGCCCAUCUAGACAUAUAAUAGA